CGGACCAUAAGUCAUCAUAAUCAUGUCGACUGCAACUGCGUUCAACGAAAGGGCAAUUCUUUCAUUCAUCGCGCUUCCUUUAGAUGGGGGCUAUCAUCCAUCUCCGACUUCAGAGCCCAUCGAUUUUUUGAAGCAGCAUCUACAACAACUACCUCCACAUCUUGUAGCACAAUUUUCAUCUGUCACAACUCCCAAACAACGCGCCGCUAUACCUACUGUGCGGAACAGACGAUUAAAAUACGCUGAAUCUAACCCUACCGAUCUUUCGUUCACUGCUGCGCGGAGUACUUGGCCAAUUCUCUGGGAAGGCAGGGAGCGGCGCGGCAUAGAAGAAGGGAAGGAGGAGAAAGAUUGGGCUCAGCACGAAUUUUUGCAUGGUUCCACAAAACACGUUGGAAAGCUCGGGGAUCUACUCGGUGGGUAUGAGGAAGAAAGAGAGGCUGAGCGCGUCAGAAACAUAAGGCGGGACGAGGCAGCCAAAGAGGAAUUCAUCCCGGAAGAAGAUGAGAGUAGUGACGAAGAUGAAUCAGAACAGGUCUCAAGCGCACUAGCCAACCUUGAAUUCGAGUCUGAAGGGGAUCAAAAGAUAUUAUUUCUCAGGAGAGUCAAAGAACGCUUUAUCUAUGGCCUGUUGGAGGACAUAAAUUAUGACACCGUUGAUUGGGACGAAUCUCUAGAUUCAGAAAAUGACAGGGAAGCGGAAGAACGUUGGUUUGAUGAGGAGGAAGAAGAUUAAAUGACCAGGAUGUCAGUAGCAAAGGAUUUGUACAUGUACUUAGUUCACAUUGUGGAAUAGAACAACCCUCACUAUUGAAUA